AUGGCGGAAAAGGGGAGUGGGAAUAUGGAAAAUAACAGUUCCGAUGAUGCAGUUCCUGGACGAACUGAGCAGAUAUUAUGUCAACCGUGUUCAAAUAAGGGUAAACAAACAGUAGCUGAUGUGUUUUGUUCAACAUGUGACGAGUUUCAGUGUACAGAAUGUUCAAACGUACAUACAACUCACGCGUUCUUGAGAAAUCACAAGUUAGUGAAUGCAAAAGAGGUGAAAACGAAACAAGUUGCGUUUGAUAUGAAUGGAUUCGACCAAUGUGAUGAGCAUCAAAACGUUUUAGAAUUCUUCUGUGGAGAUGAGAACCAGCUUUGCUGCAGUACCUGUGCUAUUGUGGAUCACCGGAAAUGUCACAGUGUUGUAGAAAUACAGAAGAUUGCCGGAAAGUCUGCAUCAGCAAGCUCCAAAUCAAAGGUCAAGUUGCAGGAAGUAAGAGAGAAGGCGGAAAAGAUCGUUAAAAAUGUCAAGUCUGCAAAAGAGGAACUGGAUCAAGAUGUUAAAGAAGUGUCUUUAACAAUUAGACGAAUGCGGGAUAAUAUAACUUCCAUUGAUCUUAAGCAGACUGGAGAUGAUGUCGGUGAACCGUUAUACUCAGGACUGGAUUUCCUGCCGGAUGGUAGACUGGUUGCCGUGGAUAAUAAAAACAAGAAAUGUUUGAUUUACAAUGAAAAGCUUAAGAAAGUAGUAUCAUAUCAGUUAUCGUAUCCUCCAAAGAGUGUUGUUGCUGUAUCUGAGGAGGAAGUGGCGAUAACAAGUGCCAAUAUAUAUUUUCUACGUGUCAGUAAAUCUAACGAAAUAACUUUGAUCAGGACAUGUAAAGUUAAGACAAAUUAUGACUCUAUAUGUAUGAAAGAUGAGAGAAACUUUGUUGUCGGAACUUACGAUGAUACAACACCUGUUCGUAUUGUAUCUCUGUCAGGAGAAGAAAAGGAUUUCAAUAUCGACUUUCUACGGAAUCCUAGGAGUCAAUGGACUCAGAAAAUCCAAAAUUGGAAGUCAUUCGUAGAAGUUAGCCACCUGUACUUAGGAGCUGAUACGUCCCACGUAGGAUUUAGUUAG